AUGCGUAGGAGGAGAAUUGUACGCCGUUCACAGACAAUUCGCAUUCUUGUGUUUCUUCUACUCGUUCUCUUGUUCUUUCUAUGGCGACUACCGCGGGUAACUUCACCUUUAUUAUCAUCAUCAUCUAAAGGGCAAUUUAAUUGGAAUGGAGAAGCGAAACUUGUGGUGGAUACAUUACCGCGAGUGGUAGUGCGAACAGGUGAGGAAUUUGUGAAAUUAGCACUUGGCCUUGUGGUCUCUGAUCUCGAGCAAGAGGGGAAUGUCUUGUUUAGAUCGGUGAAAGAUACGGUUAAUCCAUUCAUUAUGCGAUGUGCACUUAUUUCUGCAGAAAGUAUUGAGAAUUGUGCUUCCACACUUCGUAGUGUUUACAGUGGAUUUAUACAAAGAGAUGAAGAGAGAAAGGUGAAAUUAUUAUUACCAACAGAAGUGGUUUGUCAACGUAUGAGGAAGGAUUCGGAUAUAGAAGUUUCACCUAAUCAAACAGCGUAUUUCCUUUUAGGGUCAAAUAUGAGUAUUAUUGAAAAACUUCCUAAACAAAUUAAAAAAAUGGGAAAAUAUGUAAAUGUAAAUGGAAAGAAAAUUCCAUCACUUGAUGAUAUUCGUGAGACAUCUAUAAUGGCAGAUAGAAAAAUGUGUGAAAACAUAUUAAAUAAGAGCUUAAAUGUUUCUCAUGCUUUUAGUGUUGAGUUUAGUGAUAUACAGAUUGUGAGUACCAACUAUAUCAUGCGUGAUACAUAUUCUUUCUUAACAAAAGUACUCACUACUGUAAUUAGUGGAGCUAAAAUAACGUAUUUACUCUUUAGUGAUAUGAUCAAAGCCCCACAUAAUAAAGAAAUGAUGACUACUAUAAUUCAACAUUUAACAGAAAAAGAAUGUACAUAUAUUCCUCUUAUAGGAAGUGUAGAUUAUGAAUGGGAAGAUGGGGUUCUUGCUACUUCCCCAUUUGUAAUUCGUAUACAGUGUCCUGACACUUUACUAAUGACAACGUCUUCAACUCAAAUAUCAUUUUCUUAUUGGUAUGAUGAUGUUAACCCUUUAGCAUCUAUAAGAACAACACCUCUACCUCUUCUUUGUGAACAUUUUUCAGAUCCAUUCAUACUCACACGUAUUUUGAAGUUUGGUACAAAGACUGCUAUUAUGCGAGGUAUAUGGAGAGAAGAAGAUGUUGUGGUAAAAGUAAUGCAUCCUCAUCAAUAUUUAUCUUUUGAAGGGUUUAAUGCUUUUAUGCGUGAAGAUAAGAGACGGAGUCCAUUAAUACAUUAUCCUAUAUUGAGUUGCUAUUCCAAUACAUAUAGUGCAAUUUUUCAAAUUCAAUUAUUUCUUCAAGGUUUUAAAUCACUUGAAUCUACUUUACAAUCGAGAAAACAUGCUCCACUAAUGACAUUACGUCAACGAACAGAAAUUGCUAUUCAGAUUCUUUGUAUAUUUCAAUUCUUGCAUACACAACAUCCUAAUGGGUUCUUUGUUUAUGAUGAUUAUCACCCUGGACAAUUUUUAAUUAAAGAAGAGAAUAAAGGAUAUUUUUCUGUACGUCUUAUUGAUAUUGAUACACUUCAAUUGGGAAAAGCACAAUCAAUUGUUAAUGCUUCUUAUCCUUAUAGUAAUUAUACAACUCAUUGUCGCUGUUUUUACUGUCGUGGACGAUCGAACUGUAUGUUUUUUAAUACCUACGAGGGAUAUGAAAGUUGUGGGCAAUUGCGCAAUAGCAAUGCGUGGAACUUGGAAAUACCUCGCCUUGUUAAUCGUGGGAAAUUGUGUGAUGGAAGUAGUGAUAUGUGGUUUGAGGCUCAAAUGUUGUAUUUUCUUUUAGAUGGUGCUGUGGCCUGGCGGUAUUUAAAAAGAGAUGAGUUAAUUGAACGAAUUGAGUUAAAACAAGUACCUUCUCUACGAGUUAAAGGAAUGACAGGAGAAUAUAGUGAAGAUGUGAAAUUAUUACUUUCACGUAUGUUUGUUUCUCGUCCAACAGAGUCGGUGGUGCUGGAGGAUUUACAACAGCUGUGUGUGAAACUAAAGUGUGAGCAGACAGCAUUAGAGUGCCCGGCGUUAGUGUCAUCAACAACAGGAAGUUAUUCCUCUCCAUUUAAUUCCCUUCUCGAUUAA